AUGGCACUCGCAUUUUUGGGAAACUUCAAGAUUGUAGAUGAAGGACCGCGCUUCCCGGUUGCUUGGAUUAUGUUUUUGGCAUCCCUGAUCAUUCAUCUGUUGCUGCUGGUCAUUUUAUUUGCAGAGAGAUAUGUUUUGAGCCGUUCACAUUGCAUUUGGACUCGUGUUUUACUUUUGCCUUGUCUCUGGGCUGGGUUAUGGAUGUUGAAUGCUAGAUAUGGACCUAUUGGCGAUUAUCCCUCAAUGUCAACUGCGUUGGUAACUUGGCCUGACUUUGCUCAGAUCGCAUCUCUGGGCGGAAGACCCUUAAUUGACUUUCUUGUUGCUUUAUUUGGUACAUCGAUACUGGAAAUCAGUAGCUUACCAUUGCAAUGUCUUGCCACCAAUGAUAAUUUAUUACGAGAUACUUCCAUCUCUGGUAGCAUUGACAUUAAUAACGCGGAGGAAGACAAUAACCAAAAUACUAUCCCUUUGCGUAAGAGACAAUACUUUUCGCUGUUGACCCAUCCCGUCACCAUCGUCAGUGGUAUCAUUGCUCUGGUUUUGACGUAUGGAGGUGCUCGUGUGAAUAUUCAUCCUGGAUCCUUCUAUCAAACAAGUUAUCCUAAAUACAUCCCUAAAACUGAACAAGUUGGCUGUGUCGUUGGCCCUGGAAGUGAUUUUCCUGACUUGCAAAUGAGACAUGAUGUUUGGUUUAAUCAUUCAACGUCUUUAGUGGAGGCUGGAGCCAAGCUAAUUAUCUGGUCAGAAUUAACAUCAUCAGUCAAAGACAUGGAUGAUGAAUUCGAUUUCCUUGAAGAAGCCAAGAAGUUUGCAUCAGUCCAUAAGGUUUACUUGGGCGUUACAUAUGCUGCCGUGGAACCUGUUGGCCAAAACAAAUUUGUCUUUAUCACCAAAGAAGGCGAGAUUGCAAUUGAUUACAAUAAAGCCAACCCAGUCCCUGGCGUCGAAACACAACCCGCUGGCCCUGCUAAGCUUCAAUACGUGGAUACAGAGGAGUUUGGUAGAGUGAGCGGUGGCAUAUGUUUUGACUUCAAUUUCCCACAUUUCAUUUUACAAUCAAGUUCACUCAACGUUGAUUUGAUGCUUCAACCAAGCUGGACCUGGGGACCUAUUGGUACUUAUCACCAACAGACAAACACUCUUCGUGCUGUUGAAAAUGGGUUCACACUCUUCAGAUGUGUAUCUCAAGGUGUAUCUGGUAUUUAUGAGCCUACCUUGAACGGCAUCUUUAAUCAGAAAGUCGCAUCUAUUAAUGUCGAGCAUUACUUAUUCUCAUUGCCUUUACAAAAACGAGUUGCUACUCUGUAUGGCUACCUUGGUGAUUCAUUUGGCUUCUUGUGUUUGCUCUUUGGUGUAUUCAUCUUAGUUUCGGUGUAUCGAAAAGACAGAAAUGGCCGUUUGACACUCGAAUAG